AUGUUCGCCAUAAUCCCCCCCUCCUACUGUAUUCUCUUCGGUAUCUUCUGUCUCAUUGCCUACCCGCUGUUGAGGCACAUCUGUCAUGUCUUCGCCACCCGGCUCGCACUACGCCACGUACCUGGACCAACUUCGCCCUCAGCGAUCUGGGGGGUGGAGUGGCUCCUCUAUCACGAUAGUCCAGGUGUCCAUUAUGUCGACUGGCACGCACGCUACGGCAAGAUCGUGAAACUUAUUGGUGCAUUUGGGCACCCCGUCCUAUCCAUCACCGACCGUCGGGCUAUAUCAUUUAUCCUUGGCGAGGCCGCCUACAAUUUCCCCAAACCUCAUGGCGUACGUGCUUGGUUCAAGGCGCUCGUAGGAGAAGGCAUAUUGUGGAUUGAAGGCAAAGACCACCAUGAAAUACAUCGUAGACAUAUUGCCCCGGCAUUGAGCCAGCAAUCUGUUCGCAAUUUUCUUCCAGUUUUUUACGAGACCUCUGCCAUCGUAGCUUCCUAUUGGUCGAAGACUUUAGAUCAAACAACCUUCGAUUACGCAGAGAUCGAGGUAACCGACUGGGCUGGUCGCUUCGCCCUUGACACCAUUGGGCGUGCCGCAUUCUCGUUCGACUUUAAGGCACUCUCCGAUGGUCCCAAUGGCUUAGCUGAGGCGUUAGAUGGUCUGACCAACAACGAAAAUAGGCUCUCAUCAUUCUACAUGCGGGCGCUAUUCUGGGUGUUCCCGAGUAUUCUCAAGAUCGGAAAGAAAGGCAACAUGAUCAGGCAGACGAAGCGCGAGCUAGGGGAGAUUUCCUCGCAGCUCUUGGCAGACACGCGCGCCGCUGACGACCCUGCCAGCAACACUCUGCUUGCUAUGAUGCUUCGCUCUCCAACCGGACCUGACAUGACAGAAGAAUACGUAGUAGCUCAGAUGCGCACGAUCAUAUCUGCAGCGUACGAAACAGUCUCUGCUGUCAUUGCAUGGGUGCUGUACGAGCUUGCUGUGCAUCCUGACGUACAACAACAGUUGCGGGAUGAAGUGUCUUUCCCGGGUGAUCCAUCAUAUGAACAAUUGAUGAACAAGUUCCCCCUUUUGGAUGCUAUUCUGCUGGAGACGCUGCGCUUGCAUCCUGCUAUCCUGGAAAACCAUCAUGUGGCCGCCGAGACAAUUAGCGUAUCCCUCAGCGAACCGCUGCCAGGAGCCGAUGUGCCUCAGCUUGUCAUACCCAAGGGAACUAUCAUUUCAAUUCCAGUGAACGUUCUUCACACAGACAAACAUAUAUGGGGACCUGACGCCAAUAUGUUCCGACCUGAGCGGUGGGGUGAGCCUUCACAGGAAAAAACAUCGUUGCGAAGAGAACUCUUGGCCUUCAGCGAAGGCCCGCGCAGUUGCAUUGGCAAGACGUUUGCCAUGGUUGAAAUCAAGGCUCUGAUCAUCACUCUUACUCGCCAGUUUUCCUUUGCUAGUCCUUAUGAUAUCGAGGCCUUCCAGAGUUUUGUUAUCAGACCCCGUAUCAAAGGACAUGGAUCGAGUUCAUUGCCGCUUCUCGUCCGUAGAGUAUAA